AUGGCUGUCGAUAGCGAUGUGAUGUCAGCUGUGGCAGACGGCAGCGGCGAUACUACACCACGAGAGAAGUCGGUUGAGUUUUCGACACCGACGAAGAAUGGUGGACAUGACGAGGAGGACGACAUUGCCGAGGAGUCCGAUCAGUCAUCAAUAUGCCAGUCGCCAAGUUGGGAGGGAUACGGGCAGAAAAAGAAGGACAAAAAGAGGAAGCAGGAAGCCGAGCUUCGGAAGAAGGAAAAGGAGAGGUUCGACCAAGAACUUCGAGCCAGUUCUAAGAAGAGAGCGGCCAACCGUCUAUACAAGUCUCCGCCUCUAGACAAUCCCGAUUCGAUCAACAACCUACGGGAUCGACCAUCCAGCUCAGCAUCAUCACGUCUUAACAGCAGCCACGGAUAUGGUAUGAAGGUACUUCGGUAUUUCCCAUCUACCAGCGAAGCUCUCAUUCCUGAAGUCUGGGGGAUGUCGCGCCCUACCUACUCAAGAGCAACAUCGGAACCGACCACCGCCCAAGACACCUCUCGUGAACCUGCCCUCACGACGACACAGGUCCAGCAACAGAAUCCCCCCGGGAAUAAGAAGCUGACUACAACAGAAGAAAGACCUACGUCAGCCAACGACAAGAUCUCGUACCCUCCGACGUCUUCGCGGUCGCACGCUCUCCGGAGCAACCUCCCUACUGGUCACAGUCGGCAGAACUCGGCCUCAACCAUCACACCUGUUCCAGCCAAGCCGGAUGAUCAGCCUGGAAACUCAAAUGGCCACCGACUGUUUGCUACGAAAACCAUGUCCGACCAGUCUCUCAAUCACACGACGGACAAUGGGGAAAGAGGUCGACAGAGUGUCGACUCACCAGGGUCUGGAGGCUACGUUCGCAAGGCGAGGGCACAGAGUAUCGAACGCUCUAUCAAAGGAUUCAUGCAAGAGGCGGCCCUUUCCGACCCGAACCUGCUGAAUGGGCCCAACCAAACACAGUUUGCCUAUUUAGGCGCACCCGAACAACAACACCCGCAGUCCAACGGCCAUCGGUCAAGCUCGCCGCAGUCCAAGGUUACAAAGCCAACGGGUGUACCAAAUGGCGUCAAGGAAGCGAGCGAACAAGAGGACGCGGCUCUUCGGGAAAAGCAAAGCCAGCAGCGGCUCGAACAGCCAUCACGGUCUCGCCACCAGCACCAGCACCCACUACAGCAGCACCAGCCACCAGCACGCUCUAUCCCCGACAAGCAAAUUGAGGCCUUCCCAUCCUUGCCCGAAAACAACAAGGAUCACUACGUGGAGAAGGACGGCGAGUCGAAUACCGAUUACAUGAAUUUCGUCUCAAAGACGUAUUCGCCGCCCAGCCUCGACUUGGCGACCCCAACCAGUGGGAUUUUCUCUUCGAUCAAGUCUCGAAUCGGCCGCCGAAGCAGCACAUCGAGCGGAUCCACGACAAACACGAACGCGGGUCGGAGCUUCAAGGAGCGGGCCAUGGGGGCGAUGCAUCUCCAAUCCCACAGCAAUCCAUUGGGCACAGCACCGACGUCUGCGCCUGUGUCACAGUCUCCCUCACGCAUGCACUCACAGAAUUCUACCCAGACAGCGGUUUCAUCAAUGUCAAGCUCGAAGAACGACGCGCCUUUCGCCAGUCACGGCCUCCAAAUCCCUCAAAGGGAUGCAAGACGCCUUCCCAAGGCCGCUCGCAUUCUCGGAGAAAUCAACCAGGAGACAAUGUCACAAAGGGUCCCGGUCACAAGCCGUCCUUCAGAGGGCUCGUCGACGUCGUCCUACCAUGAUGACUCUUCUAUUCCCCCAUCGCCUGCAAGCACACCGGAUACCUCUCGGCCGCAGUCCGCAAAAGGACUCUCCGCCACCAUCGAAGAGGUUCAAAUUGGCAGCCCUGACAUGUUCAAGGAUAGCCAGGAGAAUCUCACGACAACGGCAUUGCAACACGACAACCGAGGCCCAUCGACGGUGGAAGUAACAACUGCGCCACGUGAAACCUCGAAGACUGAUACGUCCUCGAGUCGCGCCAACCAUGAGGUCCUGCCAAACCGACCAGCUAGCAGAACGGAAAGUGUGCGGGACAUCAACGUAGGUCGACCUCGGAGCAAGGGGCGAAUCCUUGACGACCUUGAGAGACCCAUUAGUCGUGGUCGGCUUCUUGAGAACGUCGAGCGCCCCGGAACUCGAGCGCAGAAUCACGAGGAGACCAAGCCAGUUCAGCCGAAUGGCCACAUUGAUCAGCGUGCAUCUGAACCUCACGACGAAGACAUCAUGUUGGAGUCCACUCCCAAUCUUUCCGAGGGCCUCGGAAUCCUUGACGAGGCUUGGAGUCAAUCCACGAUAACGCCGGACAAUGAUGCUCAAUCUUUCGUGACGAGUCUGACAAACCAAAAGUCUGGCGCUUCGCUGAAGUCCCAGUUUGGAAACCUCAAAGAAGCUGCCAUGUUGGCAGAGGCGCAGAAUGCUCUUGGUGUCCACCCAGCACUGAUCAACCAUGAGCGUGAAGCUGUUGCUCCCCCGGCCUACAAUUACGCCCAGCGGGAGGUCGACGAGACGGACUAUUUGGACGGUCACAAUUUCGUCGAGGAGAAGCUGCAGCCGUCUCCGGAAAAGACGCUGCAAAAGAGCUCGUUCCGGAAAGUCGAAAAACGAAACAGCAGGCAAGCCAAGCACAUGUCUGUCGUCAGCGAAGAACCUCGCAUAGCAGAUGACAGCAAGCAUGACCCGCAGGCUCAACGGCAAACGGACCAUGGCCAACGUGCCACGUCACCCACUCCUGCCGGAAACGAUCCCCGGAGGACGUCCAUCGAUGUCAGUUUCCUGCCCCCUCUCCGCCACGAGGCCUUUAUCCCGCCCAAGUCCAAGGCUCGGAGCUCGGCUGCUUCACCCAAGACCGGAGACCACGAUACUCAGGCAUCCUCUCAAAGUGAUUCAACUGCUUUGAUGGGCCCCGCAUCUGCACCAGCUGUGCUUGACCAGGGACCCCCUUCCGGGCGCAGUUCACCCAGUGCCAUGUACCUGCAGGAAGCGCGCCGGUCAGCCCCCCUGGUCUCCUCGCCGCUCUCGAAUGUCAUCCGGUCCGGAAAGACCAAUAUGUCGACGCCGUCUUUGCCUCGGCCACCGCUCAAAACGUCCGCGUCGUUCUCAAGCGGGCAGCACAUAGCUCCGACCAACACGACGUUGUUGCCUCUACCACCGGCGAGUGCACCAGGUGCGCCGCUAUCAGGGAAGUCGCCAACGUCGCCACGGUUCCGAAUUCCGGCUCACGAGCCCGAGCAGCUUGCCAAGCAAACACCGCAGUCCAAGCCCAUGGCUAAGAUGCUUGUUGAGUGUUGCAACUGCAAGUUCUUCCACGACAUGCCAUCGCGGGUGUACGAAUGCAUGGCGCAGCCUGAUGCGGUGGUCACUGACCGUGACCUGGGUGUCUCGGGCGCGAUCACGACCAUGGUCAAGUGCCCUUGGUGCUCGCACAACAUGAGCACGCAGUGCUGUGCAGGCUAUGCUGCGGUGGUCUACCUCAAGGAGCGGCUUCACUGA